AUGAAGAUCACUAUCAGCCCGCGAAAUAUUAGCAUAAUUUUUUUUAUCUAACUUACCGACUUCACCGUAGCAUUGCCUGGAUUUAUGUAUAAAAUGUCGAAUCCGCACAAUUCUAAGUACGUAGGUAGUUCUAACAUCAUUAUUGUGCCAACUGUGUCGUUCUGUGAACCGCCGCCCCCGAAAAAACAGAAACUUGAUGCCAACCAAGAACCCAGGGGCCAAACUAUACCUGUAGUCCCUAUAGCAAAUACUAGCAGUGUGCCAUUUGUCCCUAUGGAAAAUAAUAACAGUGUGCCGAUUUUCGCGGGGGAAAAUGUUCCCAACAAUAAGCCAGUACAAGUAACACAGUGUAUAAAUAUCACUGAAGACACCAGAAGAGAAUGUGAGCAAAGAAUUAUGAAGACGCUGAGCUGGGCUUCAAAUUACUUGCAAAGUAUUGGACAGUCGCAGUCCAAAGUUACGCAGCUCACAAAUUCAACAGUUCAGAAAAAAUAUGCCAAAGUUGAUGAAGAAAUUACCAGCAAAAAUGUUUCCAAGACAACAUUCAAAUAUGAUGAUGUAGUUAAGCCAACAAAAAAAUUACCAAGCUUGUCGAAUGUUGCGAGAACAACUACACCAUUGAAAUAUAAUUCUGUCGCUACUGGAAAUAACCAUGAAAUAAAACACCCUAUUGAAAUGAAUUUUUCCUACCAUAAACGAUCCACGGAUCUAGACAAUGAUAAAGUAAAGGCUCUUCACACAAAAAAUAAGUUAAACUCAUCAAAUACUGCCGAAAAAACUAAAACUCCUCUUCGCUUGAAAUUUCCUACUUCUUAUUCAAAAACACACGAAAAACAUAACCCGUAUGAAGAAAAGUAUGACGGAAAUUCAAGUUUAAAAAAUGUUGACAGAAAUAAUGCUGUAAAAAAAGUCAACUGCAUUUCCAUUUCUCAAUCAAAAAUACGCGAAAACAUCACCUACAAUAAAGAAAAACAUGACAAAGACAUACCCAAAAAUACAAAGUCAAUGCGCGAAGCAAUUUCUGUACAAAAAAGAUCUGCCGAUCGACAUGCUGACCGAAAAAAGGACUCCAAAGAAAGUAAACCUUCAACAUCAAAAAACGAAAAUCCAUACAAAUGGUAUGGACCUCACAUUAAAGAUGCCAUGGAGACCUCCAACAGAACUGAAAAUCGGUCUGAAAAACGGGCACAUACUUAUCGUAACAGUAGAUCACCAUCUCGCAGCAGAAGUGAAUUGAGAAAAGAAAAGGAUAAAUACAGUUCCAGUGAUUAUACUGUAAAACGUGAUAGAAAUCAUGAUAAUAGCAAAGAAAAAACGAAUCCAACCAAAAAACCCAAUAACGAAGAGCAUAUUAUAAUUAAUACAAAACCGUUAACAAAAUCUAAUCAAAAAUAUAUUAAUAAAACCUCCGAAAUGUCUAAUACAGCUGUUAAAAGUGUAGUUCAAGUAAAAAAUAACUAUGAUUUAAAUAGUCCUAAAAUUGUAUCUUUUCAUAGUAAUAAUGUUGAAGAUUUAAGAAGCAAGCUCAAAAGAAAACAUGAAAACAAUAAACGCGAAAACCUAAUCAUAACUGUACCAAACAACGAAAAGAAAGAUACCCCUAAACCGGUAAUUCCUGAAGAAUCUCCAAAAUUGCAAAAGAAGUCUAGGAAGUAUAAAAAAAUCAAAUUAGUUAUAAAUGUUAUCUGUGAAAACGGGUCCGAAUCCAGUGAAUCUGACAACGAGACUAAUAAUAAGGACAGUCAAGAAGUUAAUGAAGAUAUUAUAUCUUUUCUUGAUGACUUUAACGUCGAUGAUAUUGUAGACUCUUUGAAUGAUGAGGAGAAUAAAGUUAAUGUUAAAAACCCUUCAAAAGAGGAAUGUUUGGAAGACACUGAACACGAUACUGUUAAAGAAUCUAUAAUAAACGAACAGGAACUGAAAGCGAAGGACGAUUUAAAUAUGCACAAAAGAUUCUACACCAAAUCACCACAAGUCAAAUUAGAAUUGGAACUAAAUCGAAACUCGCAAGAAAUUGAAGAUUAUGUUAAUGAUAAAAAAUAUCGGUCUUUAGAAUUAACUAAGGAUGAGAAUCAAACUUCGAACAAAAUUCAUGAUUCUGGUACAUUCCAAAAUAAAAAUAAAGUCGGUUUGAUAGAGAUCAAAUCUAGGAUAUCAGAUACCAAUUCAACCAUGUACACCCGCUCAUUUAAAUGUGGCCAGAAUGUGGCAGACAGAAAUGUGACUGUACCAGACAUAAUUGUAAAAGAACAACACGCAUGUUCAACACAAAUAGGCAGCGAUGAAACCAAACAUAACAUUAAUUCUAUUACCAAACCAGUCUCUACUUCAAAUAAGGAAACAAAUCUAACUAAAAACGAAAAAAGUUGGGCCAAACUAGACUCUAGUCAAGCAAUUAUCAGAUCAAUUGAAACUGGCAACAAUACAACUAAACAAGACGCCAGUGAAACUAUAAUAGACAUCAAUUCAACCAAAAUUGUUAACAAUUAUAAACUGGAUAAUUGUUCAGCUAAUCAGAACACUAACCAAACCAAAAUAAAUUAUUACCCAACGAAACUAGAUGCCGAUCGAAUUAAACAAGAUACUGAUUCCACUAAACUGAUACCUAUUCAUACUCAACUGAACUCUAAUCCUGUUAAAUUCGACAACAAUUCAAAUAAACUGGACACCAGUCAAAACAAACAAGACAAUUAUCUGACUAAACAGAGUACAGAUAUAAAUACCUUGGGUUCUAGUCAAAGCAACAGUUUAAGUAAUGUACCAGGACGUCAUAAUAUUUUUUCUGCCAUUGAUGCCAUUGUAAGCAGUAACCAAAGCAAACUGGUCAGCAAUUCAACUAAACCAGACAUCAUUCCAAACAAACGGGGCUCUAAUCAAAGCAAAGUGGAUAAAAAUGUUACUGAAAUAGACACCAGUAUAAACAUACUAGAUAACUUUUCCACAAAAGUGGCUACUAAGCAAUCUAAAGAGGAUAGUAAGUCAACUGAACUUAUUGCCCCAAGUGAACAGGGCACUGGUUCAAAUAAACUUAACUCAGAUCUAACUAAAAUAGACUACCCUAAGUCAAAGCUGGAUAAUAAUCGUACUAAACCAGUCAGUAAUUCAACUGAAGCAGGCAAUGAUCUAAUUACUACUAAUGUAGUACUAGACCCCAUUGCAACUCAAAUAAACAUAAUAAAAAAUACACAAGAUAUCAGUUCUAAAGUGGGCGCUCAACCAAUUGAACAGGGCACUAGUAAAACUGAAGUGGAAUACGGUGCAAAUAAAGUAGACACUAAUUCAAAUGAACUGACUACUACGUCAACCAAGCUAGGCUCCAAUCAACUGGACAGCAAUCUUACUGAACUAGACAUCAUUACAAAUAAAUUGGAUUCUUGUACAAGUCCAAAUAAACUGGCUACUGAUUCAACUGAACUGAACAAAGAUAUCGAUAUAAAUAAAUAUGAUACUACACCAAAUAAACUUAGCACCAGUCAAACUGAACUGAACACCAUUCUAAAUAUACUAAAAAUUGAUCCAACGAAAGUCAGUACCAUCCCGAUCAAUAAAACUACAUCUGAAGUCGCCAAUAUUACUACUAUUAGCGAUAAAGGCAAAACAUUCGAAAACGAGACAAAAGAAGUUGUUACUAUAGACUUGACAGUAGUAGAAUCCGAGAAUGAGCCUAACAACACAUCUUCAAGUAAUCAUAUCGUACAAACCCCAUUAACACAACCAGAAUCAGAAAAGCAGCAUACGAUUGCGAAGUCUGCAAGCGACGAUGUCAUUGACUUAACAUUGUCGCCAAAGUCAUCAGAAAUAAAAAAUGUAGAAAGGCCUACAAAAGAGACUUCAGUUCCGAUGCAUAAAGAUGAAGAAAAGUCAUCAAAUCAUAAAAAUACUAAAUCAUGUGAAGAUACUUCAGAAAUGAUAAAUAACGCAGAAAACCUUUCAAUCGAUAUAGAAAUGAUUAGCAAGGAGCAUGAAAAUAAAGAAACAAUAGCAGAUGAAAAUUCGAUUAAUAUUAAUGACGUGAUAUCUAUUGAAGAGGGUUCAGAAAUGAGUAAUAAAAACUCUUUAAUUAAUAUUGGUAUAGUAUGCAAAGAACAUGAAAAUAACGAAACAAUAGCAAUGGAAAAUUCGAUUGAUGUUGAUUUGUCGACUGAAACCGAAGAGGUUUCUUCUAAUAACAUCAUACCAACAAAAGAACAGCCUAUCGAAUCCAACCAAAAAUUGGCUAAAACAGAAGAAACGCUGACGACAAAAUAUUCACCUGAACUGCAGCUUAAAGAAGAAUGUAAUAAUUCACAAAAUAAUAUAGAAAUCAGUAAUAUCACAUAUGAAAAGGAAUCUACUGGAAACAACAUUACUAAACAAACAACAGAAGUAUCACAAGAUCUACAAGUACAUGAGGUCAAUGAAAAAUUAGAAAAAAAUGAUAUAAUCUUGACUGCAUUACAUCUUGCGUGUGAACAAGUCAACAGUAUUGCUGAUAAAACUUCGAAUAAUUCAGGGACAAAAGGUACUGACCUAAAUGUGAAUGAGAAUGACGUAGUGAGCUUGAACGACGAAAAUUUAACAAGUUACAACUCCGAGACAAGUGAUGCGGAUAAAACACCAAGUGCUGGAAGUCCUGAAUGUUUAAAACUUAAAAUGAUUACAAAUAAAAAUGAUGCACCUGUUAAGUUAAUGGAAGUUGUGCCGGAGGUUAAGACAACUUUAAUAAAACAAGAUAUGGUCCAUAACGAAAAAAACAAAAGCGAAUCCUCUAAACAACCACAAACUGCAGUUACUAAAUUAUAUUUGAGAGGAACAGAACUACUAAAAGCGCUGGAAUUCCGACUGACAAAAAAUUUAAAAACAAAAAUUACCAUUGAAUCGUUGAUACAUCAUGGCCGAUUUUCUAAAGUAUACCGAUGCAAAGCUGAAAAUGGGCGAAAUUAUGCUUUGAAAGUUCUGAAUAAGGGCAAGAGAAUGACAGGCUGCCCAAUAGGACAAAUGCUGAAAACCAUCCAAGCGGAUAUACCAAAAAAAAAUUAUCAUAUCAUCUUCCUAGUAGAUGGAUUCACAAUGGCGGAGCACUCGUGUUACGUAAUGGACUUUUUCCCUAAAAACAUCAAGGAAGUGAUGAAUGAACGUAAAAAAUGUUUUCACAUCGAUGUCGUUCAAAUGCUUACAAGACAAUUAGUAUCAGCAGUAUUAAUAUUACGGAAUCAUAACAUCUUACAUUUAGAUAUAAAACCAGCUCAUAUUCUCAUAAAUGCUAACAAUGACCGAGUGAAGCUCGCUGGAUUUGAUCAAGCUCAGUAUUUGGAAGGUCACACUGUUCUGCCAGGAGUAGGCACAGCGAAUUAUCGAGCCCCUGAAGCGAUAUUGGGAUUUCCAUACUUCGGAAAGGUGGACGUGUGGUCUACUGCUCUAGUCAUUUAUGAAAUGUGUACCAACAGCCAGCUAUUCCCGGGCCAGUACAAUAACGAUAUUCUGUAUAAGCAGAUGUGUAUACUUGGUAACAUCCCAAACGAUAUGUUGGUCCAAUGUGUUUUCACAAACAAACACUACCGCGGCCAAUUUUUUGCCAGGAGAUAUGGUCCUGCUUGGGAGCAAUGUGAAUUGAUAGCCAGAUUCAGGAAGAGUAACAGGAUCUCCUCUUCUUUAUUUGAAGCAUAUUAUAGGGACUGGGGACAAAAACUGACCAGAAGGCAAAGGUCUGAUGAUUCAGCGAAAUUACGUAUUCUUCGUGAUUUACUUCAAGAAAUGUUGCAUCUGAAUCCAACAACCCGUAUGCCGAUAGAAUUCGUGUACACCAAUGCUUUUAUUUAUGAAACUUUCAACCUUGAUGUGUAUUAAAAAUUUAUAUUUAUGUGUAGUAUUUAAGAUUACCCGCUGCAUUGAGUAUUAUAAGUUUCGAUCCCUGUCUCAGCGACUUUUUGAUAAUAAACGUUUUGACAAGGAUGUGUACUCACCAACUCUAUGCAGCAAAGUAAAAUGAUUGUGGAAAAUGUCAUCUAUUUUAUCUUUUAUUUGUUAUUAAUUUAGUUGCUUAGUUAAAGUAGACAAUACAGCAUGAAUGAUUGAUUUAACCAAUGAUUUAUUAGUACUAGUUAGACGAUUAUAAUUAUAAAGAAAAACGAGUCAAUUAUUAGAUUACGAUCAAUCGCGCAUGCUGUGUCUAAAUACUUCGUUAAUUUUAAGUUUACAGAGUUCCUAACUUGCGUUUAUGAUUAUUGAAAGAAAUAUUUGUUUAGUUUUAAGAGUUUAUAGCAUUUUUUCUUAAAUUACCAGUUAUGUUGUCUUAAAUUAAGUUGUUUAUGUUAAUUAGUGUAUAGCAUCCGACGAAAUUUACUAAACUUCUGUUCAGACUUAUCUACCAGUAUUAUAAUAUAAGAACCAGUAGCGCAUAAGCAUUGA